AUGACUACUACACACCUUCCUUCGAACCCCGAGAACCACUUUGAUUUUGUCAUUGUUGGUGGCGGAACUGCAGGAUGCGUUAUCGCCAGUCGUCUCUCCGACUACCUUCCCAACAAGAAGGUCCUUUUAAUCGAGGCUGGUCCCUCGGAUUUCAUGGACAACAGAGUUCUGCUUCUCAAGGACUGGUUGAACCUCCUUGGUGGUGAACUCGAUUACGACUAUGGUACUACCGAGCAACCCAUGGGCAACUCUCAUAUCCGCCACUCUCGUGCAAAGGUGCUUGGUGGUUGCUCCUCGCACAACACCCUUAUCUCGUUCCGUCCCUUCGAGUACGAUUGCAAGCGUUGGGAAGCUCAGGGUUGCAAGGGAUGGAACUUCAAGACUUUCAUGCGUCUUCUGGAUAACAUCAGAAACUCGGUCCAGCCUGUUCACGAGAGACACCGUAACCAACUCUGCCUUGACUGGGUUGACUCGUGCUCUACUGCUAUGGACAUUCCCGUCAUCCACGACUUCAACAAGGAAAUCAAGUCAAAGGGUGCUUUGAGACAGGGUGUUGGUUUCUUCUCUGUUUCUUACAACCCUGACAAUGGUCACAGAAGCAGUGCUUCGGUUGCCUACAUUCACCCCAUCCUUCGUGGUGACGAGAAGAGACCUAACUUGACCGUCUUGACCAACGCAUGGGUCAGCAAGGUCAACGUCAAGGGCGACAAGGUCACUGGUGUCAACGUUACUCUCCAGGAUGGCUCCAAGUACACCCUCAACUCCAAGGCCGAGACCAUUCUCUGCGCUGGUGCCGUUGACACUCCCCGUCUCAUGCUUCUGUCUGGUCUCGGGCCCAAGAAGCAGCUCGAGGAGCUCAAGAUCCCCGUUGUCAAGGACAUUCCUGGUGUUGGAGAGAACCUGCUCGACCACCCCGAGACCAUCAUCAUGUGGGAGUUGAACAAGCCCGUUCCUAGCAACCAGACCACCAUGGACUCUGACGCUGGUAUCUUCCUCCGUCGCGAGGCCCCUGAUGCCGCUGGCGGCGACGGCGACAUUGCAGACAUCAUGAUGCACUGCUACCAAAUCCCCUUCUGCCUGAACACCGCUCGCCCCAUCGAUGCCUUCUGCAUGACCCCCAACAUCCCCCGUCCCCGCUCCCGUGGUCGCCUCUACCUCACCUCCGCCGACCCUACCAUCAAACCCGCCCUCGACUUCCGUUACUUCACCGACCCGGAAGGCUACGACGCAGCCACCAUCGUCGCCGGCUUCAAAGCCGCCAGAAAGAUUGCCACACAAGCGCCCUUCAGCGACUGGAUCAAGAGAGAAGUUGCUCCAGGCCCUAAGGUCACCACCGACGAGCAGCUUUCCGAGUAUGGACGCAGAGCAGCACACACUGUGUACCACCCUGCCGGUACCACCAAGAUGGGUGAUGUCAGCAAGGAUGAGUUUGCGGUUGUGGAUCACACACUCAAGGUUCGCGGGCUCAAGGGCAUUAGAAUUGCGGACGCAGGUGUUUUCCCAGAGAUGCCUACUAUCAACCCCAUGCUUACUGUUUUGGCCAUUGGCGAGCGUGCUGCUGAGAUGAUUGCCGAAACCCAUGGCUGGAAGGGUUCGGAGAGACAGAAGCUGUAA